CGUGAAGUGGUCUUUUUCUUCUGCGAUAGCCAUCCUUCUCCACGCAAACUUCACUCUCCCUUCCUUUCAUCUUCACUUCUCUUUUUGCCAUACACUCGUGCGUCGCAUCGCUUCACCAUCAAAAUGAUUAUCUUCAAGGACAUCACCACUGGCUCUGAGCUCAUCUCGGACUCGUACGACCUGAAGGAGGUCGAUGGCAUCCUCUACGAGGCCGACUGCGCCAUGAUCACUGUCGGUGGCGAGAGCUUCGACACUGGUGCCAACGCUUCCGCUGAGGAGGCCGACGAGGGCACCGAGGACGGCACCAAGAAGGUCAACAACAUUAUCCACUCCUUCCAGCUCCAGGAGAUGCCCAUGGACAAGGCCGGCUACAAGGCUCACAUCAAGCCCUUCAUCAAGCGAGUCAAGGCCCACAUGGACGAGUCCGGUGCCUCUGAUGCGGAGAAGGAUGCUUUCAAGACCAAGGGUCAGGCUUUCAUGAUGAAGGUUCUGAAGAACAUUGGCGACUACGAGUUCUACAUUGGCGAGGCUGGUCCCAGUGACAACGAUGACCAACACGUCGCUCUCCUCAACUACCGUGAGGAUGGUGUCACCCCCUACUUCACCUUCUGGAAGCACGCUCUCAAGGGUGAGAAGGUUUAAGCAUGUGGAAGGGUGUUUUCUGGGAUUUUCUGCGUAUCACAAAAUUUCGUCACAUAGAUCUACGAUGUCGCCAAAACCGCGACCGUUAUGGGCAUGAAAAAUGAAUCAAGUUAUGAAGUUACAAUA